CGAACAACUGGUACACCAAGAACCAUCAGUCGACAUGUCGGCUAACCCUCGCUCUCCCAGAGCUAGGAUGUCUCUUUCUCUUUCCGAAAGAAACCUCAACAUGCCUCAAACACAAACUUUCAAAGCGAAGAAACGAGCGGUCAUGAGUAUGGGAGCAGAGGUUAUUUCUAGUAGUUCUCAAAAGCUCAGUCCGAGAAGACAAGCGAGACGUAGUAUGCAACCUCGGAAAUCCAUAUUGAAAUCUAAUCCGGCCAACGCGCUCAACGCUGAAGACGCAACGACAGAUUUCACAGUUCAAUACGCUCACACGUAUGCUUUUUCGAGUAACAACGAAUCUGAUACUAGGGUGUUAUCUCGUAGAGUUAGCUUUGCUCCGAAUGCGCAUGUUCGCUGUGUUGACACUCAGCAUGUUCGAACGUCAUCAACUGUCUCAAUCACAAGCAUCUACCAACCCUCCUACUUCCCCUGCUCAACAACUCUUGUCGAUAAUGACGGCGGAGAAGAAUCUAUGGAUAUCGAAACUGAUUCUGAAUCCGAUUCUACAGAUGAAGCUCUUCAUGUUGCUAUACCACCUAAUCGCAUAUCGAACAUCUAUCCAAACAACUUUGACACGCAAGAUGAACAAGACGACGAAGAAGAUGAGAUGGACAUGGAUGUCACUCAAAUUCAAUAUGGUGGUAUCCUUCGAAGGGAAUCGAUGGCUGCAAUGGAUAGAGACACAUCAGUCAUCUCCACCUCCGAAGUUGAUGUAAGUUCUACAUCUAAAGGUGAUGAUGAAGAACAAACCAUGGAUUUCACCAUAGCUAUAGGUGGUGCCAUACCACGAGCUCCACCUGGAGGAGCAACGCCCGGUAGGACAAGUCUAGGUUACUCAACUCAUGUUCAUGAUCAUGAUAGACUUCUUCCUGGUCAUGGUGAUAUCAGUAUGGAAAUGGAAAUGGAAGAGACUAUUGCUUUAGGUGGGAUCAUCAAUGGGGAUGAUUCUAUGAGUUCAGGAGGAUCAAAUGAAGAUACGCGUCAUUCGAUUAGAGAACCAACUAUGUCUUUUGCUUUUACACGAGAUCAAAUUUCAAACAAUCAUACCUCCGAUAUGGAAUUUACCUCUGCCGAAGGAGGUAUUCAACUUAAUACAACAUAUCUUCCUCCUACUUCCCCACGACACGCACCGAUCACAAGACCUCAGGGUGGUACUCCUUCUUUCGCACGUUCGACAGUUGCUUCUGCUCAAAAGUCAAGACCGACAGAAAAACGAAAUGUUUUCGCACCUUCUCCAAGUCCUUUCAAAUCUACUCCGAGAAAAGGAGGAAUGGACGCUGCGGCUGAUGUAGCCAAACGUUUAAGUUUCGGGUCGACGACUUCCUCAGUAGGUAAGAAACGUCCACUUCAAGAUUCAAACUCCAACGUCAACAUCAACGUCGAUCCAAUUCCAAAUUCAAACGCAAACAUGUCCGACUUUGAAAUGAAGUCCGAUGAAGUCUUUUCUGUCACUUCUACAGUCAAGAUGAACCCCUUUGAACCUGUUGAUAAACCUUCAUCGUCUCCGGUGACAGAAAGAACCAAUAUGACUACAUUCGAGCAAGUUCCAGCUCUGGGUUCCCCAGCUAGAGCUACCCCACCUAAAACAUCCUGGACACCGGGUCGAAGUCCAGCUAUCAGACGAGCAAUGGGUAUAAACGUUCCUCCAUCUGAAGAAAUCACCGAGGCGGAGGAAGAAUGGGAAGAACCACCUACCAUCGCUUUAGGAGCGUUUUUGGAGAUGACGGGAGUGUUGUUCAUGGAAGGUUUGCCAGGUAUGAAUAGGAGGAGCAGUGUGGCUAGAGGAGUUUUAGGACAGAGUACAGCGGAUCGGGAUUUCGGAUUACACGAAUAUGUUGAAGCUCAAAUUCACAGUGCUUUUCUUAAUAUGUACACAUGGGGAAAUAACAAAAUGCGAGAAGAUAUCCGUGCGGCCGCUUUAGAUCUUCAAGCUACAGAAGAACUUUAUUCCCUUCAUAAUCCACCUGUGAUCAAAGAAUAUCUAGCUGCUCCAGAUCACGAAAAAGCAAUGUUCGAAAGUACUUUCAAAAAUUUCAAAACUAACACUCAUUUGAAAGCUAAGGAAGGGUGGUAUGAUUGGAAGAUUGCUUUGAUGAGUAAGAUCAAACCGGAUGUAGAGGAGAUGUUAUUGGGGAUGAAAGAGGACGACACUCGGCUCUCCGAACUAUGCACUCAAACCGAGACUCUCUUACCUGAUCUCCAAGCUAGAGCCGCGGCUCUAAGAGAAGAAUUGGGCAAGGAAAGAGAGAUGGUCAAAGCUGUGGCGGAAUGUGAUCAAGAAGAAUUGGCAGAUUUCCGUGCGGCUAUAGCUGAACAAAACAUACAAAUAGCUGGAUUUACCACGGAACUUUCAGACGGUCAAAUCAAACUCGGCACACUUACUACUAAACUCGACGAAUUGAGAGAUAAGAAAUCGGAACUUUUGAUGGCCAUUACGACUGCGAGAAAUAUGUGUGAUAGGUUCACAAGAUCUGACGUGAUCCGUUUACGCGAUGAAUACGACUCCCUUCAACAUCUUCAUCAAUGGCGUAUCGUCCAUCUCUCACCAUCUUCUUUGGAACUCACAUACGAUAACGAAAUCAAUCUUUGUUUCUCUGCCAAAGACUUUCAUCCUGAUUUAUCUUCUAUCAAUAUCACUCUGAUAGAUGUCGGGGAAGGGAAGAAAGCAUCGUCUUCCGGUAUCACUUUGCCUUAUAUCGGACACGGUGAGAAGAAAGGUCCGAGGGGAAGAGGAGGGAUUUCUAUGGAAGGUUUGUUUGAAGUGUUCUUGAAUUCGAUGGAAAGUUUUAAGAAAGAAUGUAAUACUUUACCUCUUCUCAUUCAACGUAUCGGUCAAUUAUGGUCAUCGAUCCAACGACUUCGUUCCGAACUUCGUUUAGUAAAUCUCAGAUAUCCACUUUCAUAUACACUCUCUUCGACUUCUCUCUCACCUUUGUUGCAAGUUCGGACAUGUUUGGUUUUUCCCGCGAUGAGAUCGAAAGUGGAAGUGACGUUUAAUUUGACGGGUGAGACGGUCAGUGGUUGGCCUGGGAGUUUGGCGAAUGUCGAGGUGGAUGUUGAGACUGUAUAUGGUUCAGUAGAAGCGGCUUCGUUGAAAGGAGUGAUGAAAGAAACAUUAGCGACAGUUAGACCUGAAGGAUAUUUAGGAGCUUUCUUACAAGCUUGUGUGGACGCACAAAGUUUAUAUUAG